AUGAAAUUUGAUAUUGGUAAUAUAAAUGAAUUUUCCAGCGUAGAAACAUUUUUACGCAAUAUAUCACUGGACAAGGAAGAUAAAAUUUUACAAACGUUUGAAGUGAAGAAUAUAAGAACAAUAUACGAUUUAAUGUAUACCGUUUCCUUCUUUAAAUUUACAAAUUGUGCUGACGUUUGCAAUGAUGAAAAUGUUGAAAUUAGUAAUGCAUUAAAUGUAAAAAUAAGGAGUCCACAUAAACAUAUUUUCGAUAGUAAUCAUACGGCAAAUAAUAAGUUCAAAAAGGAAAAUGGUGAUCGCCAUAAUUCUCAUGAUACAGAGUUGUAUAAUACACUUAGUGUAGCAAGUAAUGGUAAAUGUAACAACUAUAAUACUUUAUUGAAAAGUUCAGUUAGUAGCGCUAUGCAUAUUAUCGGAGCGCAUAAUAAGGAUAUAUGCAACGGAGCAUAUAGCAGUGGGACACACAACAACAGCUAUCACAACAAUGGCACACAUAACAAAGACGAGAAUAACAUAAUUCCGAACUCUAUACAUUGCAACAGCAGUGAGGUAAAAGAGAUGUAUGAUUAUUAUGAAAAGAUAAAGGAAGAGAGGAAAAAUAUGAAGAACAAGGUUGAUUAUGUUUACUUUGACAUAUAUAUAAACUCUGACGUAAUUAAGAUAUUCCCCAUAACAGAUAAGGACAAAGAAAAAUUAAUAAAUUUUAUAUAUGAAAUAAUUGAAACGAAUGAUAUUUUAAUGAUGUGCAUUUAUUUGAAUUUAGGACAUUUAUGGCCUAAGUUUGAAUUAUAUAAUAUUCGAAAUAUUAGUUUAUUUGAAAAGUUAUUAUCAGAACGAAAAGAAUUUGAAUGGAUAAAAAAUGAUAUGGGUAUAUCCUUUUAUGAAUUUGUAUUAAUUGUUAAUUUUAUUUUAAAAGUAAAAAAAAAAAGAAUAUUUUGUAAUAAUAUUUUUAAUCAAUUUAAUGAAUACAAUUGUAAAAAUAAGAAAAUAAAAAAUACCAAAACUAUUUGUGAUAAAAUUCAUCAAUUUAUAGAAUUUGAUAAUUGGACAUUUAAAAAUAUAAUAGAUAAUCCAUUUUUUCAAAGAUUAAGAAAGUUAUCACAGUUAGGAGCUUGCCAAUUUGUUUAUCCUGGUGCAACUCACACUCGAUUUGAACAUAGCAUAGGGGUUGGUUUCUUAUCUUCAAAAUAUUUUACCCAUUUAUGCAAUCGUGCUAAUUUAUCUGCAUAUCAUGGAGAAUUAAAUAGAAUGCUUCGAUGUGUGCAGAUAGCUGGAUUAUGUCAUGAUUUAGGACAUGGCCCGUUUAGUCAUACAUUUGAAACUUUUUUUAUGAAUUAUAAAAAAGAGGAUACAGAAAAUAAAUGGGAUCAUGCAUCCAUGUCUCUUAAAAUUGCAGAACAUAUUAUUGAAAAUUUAAUUGAUCAAGAUGAUAUGAUAGAUGUUAGUGAUAUAAAGAUUAUAAAAAAGUUAAUAAAAGGAAGAGAACAUAAUAAAUCUACUUGUGGAUUAGAUCCUAUAGAUUCUUUAAUAGAAGCAUCCUUCGACAUUAUAUGUAAUAAUAGAAACGGUUUAGAUGCAGAUAGAUUUGAUUAUUUGCAAAGAGAUUCAGCCAUAGCUCCACCAAAUGGUACUCUUCCAUCCUUAAAUUGUAAUCGUAUUAUUUGUCAAAGUGCAGUUAUUAAUGGGCAUAUUACUUAUAACGUUAAAGAAAUACACCCUGUGUGGACCGUUUACAUGAACAGAUUUUCUCUAUUUAAACAAGUAUAUACACAUAGAAAAGUCAGAGCUAUGGAAUUGAUGUUAUGUGACGGAUUUCGUUUAGCAGAUGAUAUAUUUAAAUGGUCAGAAUCUUUACAUGACUUAGAUUCUUUUCUUGAUUUAACGGAUUCAUCUAUAAUAUAUGAUAUUAAAAAAAGAGCUCAAAAAGUAGAUUGUGAUGAAAAGAUUAAAAAUUCUUUAAAGUUAAUUAACUCUGUCAUACAUGAUAGAAACUCAGAAUAUGCUUAUAAAUACAUUUCAGAAAUUAAUAUUUCAGAACCAAAAUUAAUAAAAUAUUUAAAAGAUGUAACAAACGAAGACAGAAUUGCUCGAUAUACCCAUGGAUUAAGUCCAGAUGACAUAAUUAUUGAUUGGAAUCAUUUGAAUUAUGGAGUAGGUGCAAACGAUCCUCUCGACUCCGUUUAUUUCUUUAGUUCAGAUAAUGAAAAUGAAGCUUUUAUAGCACACAAGGAAUAUAGGGGCACACAUCCUAGAUAUUUUGAAGAAUGUAACGUUAGAUUAUACUGUAAAAAUAAAAAGGUGGCUCACUUAGCAAAAGAAGCACAUCUAAAAUUUAUAUCUAAUGAUGUUUUUUCAGAGACCUCCCCUAUAUAUAAAGAAAUUUUGAAGUGA